CCAUUUUAAUUUGGUAUUUCUUUUAUUAUGCAGGUGAUGAGGAAUUUUGAUUUUUGUCCACUAGUGUUCAAGUCUAAAAGAAAGAGACACAUAUGGAUAGUAGGAGGGCUGUUUGGAAUGAUUAUAAUGCUUCAGUGUCUUAAAGCUCCAUAUGGAACCAUUUCAGAAUCUUUCCUUUCUCUCAAGAAAUUUAUAUGGUGGGGGAGUUCAAUCACAGGGAAUGAAACAUACCAAAUGACACAUGUGAAGGAAAUUAAAAAUUCUAGGAAUGGGUCAUUGGUCGUAGAAAAUGGGACUAACUUUGUUAAUUCAAAGCCCGAACCGGAUCGACAUGAUCACUCGGGUGAUCCGACCACAUCGCCCGUAACCGGUAAAACUUCAGAGAGUGGAUAUGUAUCAUUGGAGCCAAUGGUUUCACCUACUCCUUUGCCUCAUGAACGUGGAAGGGUUCCAUACACAACUUCAAACGCUAUAUCUCCUAGUCCCGGAGAAGCCACGGCGAACAAGAAUGCAACCAUUAUUAUUGCUCAAAGAUUACCAACAAACCGUAGUCUUUCGUGUGAAAAUCCGAUGGUGAAGACGAUGUCCUUGAAGCAUGAAGGAAUGAGAGUAGUGCCGUACUCGGAGAUGAAAACCAUGUCGUUUCAAAAUACACCUUCAUACCUUCUUAUUAAACAACAGUGGCCUUCUUUUGCUGACCAAGAACUGUUAAAUGCCAAAUCAGAGAUUGAAAAUGUAGAAAGUGCUCAAGAUGAUGAUGACUUGCUCACCCGUCUUUACCGGAACGUUUCUGUGUUCAAAAGGAGCUACGAGUUGAUGGAGCAGACACUGAAGGUGUACGUGUAUGAGGAGGGAGAGAGACCAAUAUUUCAUGAAUUUGAUUUGAGAGGUAUAUACGCUUCAGAAGGUUGGUUCAUGAAGCAACUGACAACUAAAACGAAAUUCGUAACAAAGGAUCCCAGCAAAGCACACCUAUUUUAUCUACCAUUCGGUUCACAUAAUCUCGAGCAUACCUUGUAUGCGCCAGACUCUCACACACUUACCAACUUAAUAGAAUAUCUUAAUAGCUAUAUCAACUUUAUAAAAGGAAGGUACCCUUUCUGGAACAGAACAUGUGGAGGUGACCAUUUUCUUGUGGCCUGCCAUGACUGGGCUCCUGAGGAGACCAGGCAUCACAUGGCUAAUUGCAUAAAAUCUCUCUGCAAUGCUGACCUACGAGAGGGCUUCUUGUUCGGGAAGGACACUUCUCUCCCAGAAACUUAUAUGCGUCCAAAUCAAGAUUCCUUGAGAAACAUUGGAGGGAAAGCGCCCUCUGAGAGGAGUAUCCUCGCAUUCUUCGCAGGGCAGAUGCACGGCGAUGUCCGGCCCACUCUCCUCAAAUUCUGGGAAGACAAAGACCCUUCCAUGAAGAUCUUAGGUUACGUGAAGAAGAGACAGUAUAUGAGGCACAUGAAGAAUAGCAGAUACUGCAUAUGUGCAAGAGGGUACGAGGUUAACAGCCCCAGAGUUGUUGAGGCGAUUACCUACGAGUGCGUUCCAGUCAUUAUAUCAGACAACUUCGUUGUCCCGUUUCUUGAGACCUUAAAUUGGGAAUCCUUUGCGGUUUUUGUGCUCGAGAAGGAUAUUCCGAAUCUCAAGAACAUACUUGAAUCAAUUCCCGAAAAGAGGUAUACGGAGAUGCAUGAGAAUGUUAAGCGCGUACAAAGGCAUUUCAUUUGGCAUCUUAAUCCACAGAAGUAUGAUAUCUUCCAUAUGAUACUUCAUUCUAUUUGGUACACUAGAGUAUUUCGAAGCAGGCACUAGCUAGUGCGUACUCCGUAAUAAUAUUACGUACUUCACUCUCAAAAUGUUGGCUCUCUUUUUGGUGUAUAUAUAGAAACAUCUAAUGACCAUCUAAGGUGACAUAUAUAUGUACAUUUCCGGUAUGAGAUUUAUAGCUUUAAUGGGUCUUUCAAAUGAGACAAAAUCGAUUUAAAACGAAACAAAUA